AUCUGUACUUGUUUAUAUUUUGUGGUGUAAGUUUGAAGGUUAGAAAGUAGAUAUGGAUAAUACAGAAGACGCGCUUAUUUUACAGAAAAAGUUAUAUUUUUUAUUAGAACAGCUUCAGAAUAUGGCGAGAGACCUUCCGCCUAAAUACCAAAUGAGGUUACCUUACGAACUUCUAUCAAGUUUAGCAAAUUGUUUACUAAACGAAACUAUAUUCGAAAUAGUGAAAGGUCUUUUAGAAAUCCAACAUGUCACCGAACAACAUUUAUAUCAACAGAGAUUGCAGUUUAUAAAUCAGAAAAAAAUACAAGAGCAAGAAAUUCUUAAACAAUACGAAAACGACACUGAUAAAAAAAUUCAGGAGCUGCAAAAGUUUAUGUUACAACAGAAAGAAGAAUUGAAAGCAUUCGAUAUGAAUUUAGUGUUGCAAUUGGAUCAGAAAGUUGCGGAUCAGCAGGAGAUACUUGAGAAAGCCGGUGUACCCGGUUUUUACGUUACGAAACACCCGUUAGAAAUUAAAGUACAAAUGCAUUUACUUGAUUUUUUGCUGAGGCUUAGCAGAAUGACUAUUCCUAUCUAAGUUAAAAUUUAUAUAGCUUUCAUCAUUGUUCUGUAUUAAAAUGAUCGUUACUGUGAAA